AUGGCUUCGGAAAACGUGAAACUAGAACCCCUUGGGCCCAACAAAACUGGACCUAACAGAAUCCAAGAUGACGGGAUUGACGAUUAUGAUCCACAUCUUCAUAGAGAAGUUGAAAGUCCAACCACAAAUGCAGAAACGCUUAUUCACUUGCUCAAAGGUUGCCUGGGGACUGGAAUCUUAGCCCUGCCAGAAGCUUUCAAGUAUUCCGGGAUGGCGAACGGAAUUGUAUCCACGUUCCUCAUAGGACUCCUUUGCACCUAUUGCCUUCAUGUUUUGGUUAGAGCACAAUAUGUAAUUUGUAAAAAGCUGAAAGUGGCACUGCUGACAUAUCCGGAAUCGAUGAAGAUUGCUUGUGAGAUCGGUCCAACGUGUCUUAGGAGAUUCGCACCGUAUGCACCAGCCAUAACGAACUUUUUCCUCAUUUUCUACCAACUCGGAAUAUGCUGUGUAUAUAUAGUCUUCGUAGGAAAGAACAUCAAAGCCGUAGCUGACGAGUACACCACCAACGAUAUUUCGCUCACCUUGUACAUCCUGAUGUUCUUCGUACCGUUCGUCGCCAUCAUCUGCAUCAAGAAUCUGAAACUUUUGGCGCCCUUCUCCAUAUUGGCCAACCUCAUCACUCUGGUGACCUUCGGAGUCGUGGGCUACUACGUAUGCCAGAACUUGCCGCCAUUUUCGAGUCUGCCAUCUUUCGGGACUCUGUUCAAUUAUCCGCUGUAUUUCGGUACGACUUUGUUCUCGCUUCAAGCUGUGGGAGUGGUUAUAGCUCUGGAGAACAACAUGGCCACACCUAAACAGUUCAGAGGAGCAUUCGGUGUUUUGAAUAUUGGAAUGACCCUAGUGACAAUCAUCUACGUAGGAAUGGCAAUGAUGGGUUAUUGGAAGUAUGGAGAUAAGAUCGAGUCUAGUAUCACCCUGAAUUUUCCUCCAGGAGAUGUGUUAGCCAAGGUGAUAAGGAUCAUGUACUCGAUUGCUAUCUACAUUUCCUAUGGGCUUCAAGGAUACGUUCCAGUGCAGAUUAUCUGGUCCAAUUACAUGGCCAAGAGUUUAGAUAACAGCAGUAGAAAAAGUCUGUACGAGUAUAUGCUUCGUAUUGGCUGCGUUGUUUUGACAUUUUUGCUCGCCAUAACGGUUCCCCUGCUCGGCCUCUUCAUCUCACUGGUAGGAGCAUUCUGCCUCUCCGCGCUAGGCAUCGCCUUUCCCGCCAUCAUCGAGCUGUGCGCCUAUUGGCCAGACAGACUUGGACCCGGCCGUUGGAUCCUCUGGAAGGACAUCGGCCUCAUCAUAGUAGGCAUCGUCGGACUGUGCGCGGGUAGCUACAGCUGCAUCUACGAGAUCGUGAGGUCGCUGGCUUCGGGGCAGACGUGA